AUUCCGUGCCGCCUGCAAGAACCGAGGCUGCCUUGGGCCGCCUUGCCUUGCCUUGCCUUGCCUGGCCCGGCACAUCCUGCCCCGCUCUAAGCUGUCUCUGUAAUCACCACUCUCCGACCUUGGCUCGCUCGGUUCUUGCCGCGUCAUCGCCAUCAUGUUCAAGGUCAAGGCGCUCUACGAGUAUACCUCGCCGCACGAGGACGACCUCGCCUUUCCGGCCGGGCAGAUUAUAACUGUCACGGAAGAGGAGGACGCCGAGUGGUAUGCUGGCGAAUAUGUCGACGACGCCGGCACCAAGCACGAGGGCAUCUUCCCUCGCAACUUUGUCGAGAAGUACGAGCCUACUGCUCCGCCGCGGCCUGUGAGAACUCGCACCAGGAACAACCAGGAUACUGCUGCAACUGCCGAAGCUGGAGCUGCAUCGGCCGCCGCCGCUCUGCCACCGCCGUCGCCCGCGCUCCCCCCGCCCGUACAAGAGGACAAGCCGGAGCCUCAAGCCAAGCCUGUGCCUGCGCCCGUGAUAGCUCCGCCGCCUACCCAGACAGCUUCCUCUGCCCCGCCUACACCCGCAGCAGUUCCGGAAGCUCCGGCGCCCAAAUUCGCCCCCGCCCCCGCCCCUGCCCCAGCUCCAGCUCCCCCGCAAGCUCCAGCUGCUGCUCCGGUGCCACCAGCUCCUCAGCCUGCCGACUCGCCCUCGCUCCGCUCGGCAGCCCCUCCAAAGCCACCCGUCGCUUCCGCAUCCAAGCCGAGCGCAGGGCCUCCGCCUCCCGUGGCCGAGAAGCCGAUGGUAGGCUCGUUCAGGGAUCGCAUCGCCGCUUUCAACAAGCCUGCAGCACCCCCUGUCGCUCCCUUCAAGCCCGGCAGCUUUGGCUCAAACAGCUCCGCCUUCGUCAAGAAGCCCUUCGUCCCGCCUCCACCUAGCAGAAAUGCUUACGUGCCGCCCCCGCAGCAGGCCCCCACGGCUAGGGUCUACCGUCGCGAUGAGGACCCUGAAGUGAAGGAGCAAGAGGCCGAAACCCUCGAGAAUGCCGGCAGAGCUGGGCUCGUCCCUGGUGCGUCGGCCGAAGGAGAGGGCGAGGAUGACCAGCCAAAGCCCCUGAGUCUGAAGGAACGGCUAGCCCUGCUGCAGAAGCAACAGCUCGAGACGGCUACGCGCCACGCUGAUGCUGUCGCCAAAAAGGACAAGCCAAAGCGGCCUCCUAAGAAGCGCAUGGAUAGCCAGGAUGUUACGGAAGAGGGCGAGCCUGCUGCCCCGCACCAGCCGCCUCUGGAACGACGAGAUACAGAGGAAGUGGCCGGCAAGAGGUCUUUGGAUGAGUCGUCGGCACACCCGCCUCGCCUGCCGCACCCACCGCGCCGCAAGUCGUCCAAGGGCAUUGAGCCACGCGAUGGCAACGAGGCCGACAUGUCCGGAGCCGGUGACACAACCGAGGACCAAGAGGAGCUGACUGAAAGGGAAGACAGCGACGAGCGACCCAAGCAUGUCGCCUCGGCGGCUAAGCAAGAUGACGAGGAUCUUGCCGAGGAGGAAGACGUAGACGAAGAGGAUGAAGAGGACGACGUCGACCCUGAGGUGCGGCGCAAGGAGGAGCUGCGGGCCAGAAUGGCUAAAAUGUCUGGCGGCAUGGGCCUGCCCGGCAUGCCCGGCAUUUCUAUGUUUGGUGCGCCCAUGUCUGCGCCGAAGAGGAAGAAAACGGCAGACAAGCGGGCCGACGAGCCUGAAGAACCCGUUUCGCCAACAACCCGAGCGCCUCCCGUGCCGGCUAUGAUGAUGGCACUCCCCGGCAUGUCACGGCCGUCGCAAGAACCCAAACAUAUUGAGUCAGAUGGCGAAGAGGAAGAAGACGAGCAAGAAACUCGCGUAGCGACGCCUCACCAAGAGACAGCGCCUUCAUGUAGGUCUGCUGAAUCUCGUCUAUCAAGCAUAGCUGACACGGUCAAAGUUCCGUCGAGAGAGCUCGCGCCGGCUCCUCCACUUCCUCUCGCCGGGAGACCAGCCCCGCCGCCUGUUCCCGCGGAAUCGCGCCCGCCGCCGCCACUUCCACCUGCGGCAGCGAUCAAGUCGCCCAGCGAAGGUUCAGUGUCGGACGACGAGCUCUCUGAACGACCACAUGACGAGUCAGAUACUCCGAGAGGCGAAAUAGCACAGGCCACCCGGGCUCCACCCCCGCCGCCUCCUACUCUCACCUCGCCUGUGCUCCCGCCGUUACCCCCGAUCUCGCCCCGGCCAGCACAGGCGAAGCGCCGGUCGUACAUCGAAGAGGCUUCACCGACAUCUCCUUCGGCUCCGGCCCCGCCACCGCCGAACAGACGAAAUAGUAGACAGCCUCCCCCGAUUCCGGGGUUUUCCCCGGCUCCGCCGCCCGUUCAGACCAGACCGCCUCCCCCACCGCCGGGGCCGGCGCCGCCCCUCAGCCGGACUUCCACGGCCGAUCAUCGGACAGGGGCCCGCGCAAACGACGAGGAUGGCGACGAGGAAGAGAUCACGGAGUACGAAGGAGACUACGAUACGGAUAUUGCCUCGUCGGUGCCUCACAAGGACGCGCUCAAAGCUCAUCAAAGAGAGUCGAGCUUUGAGGACGCAGCACCACGGUCCCCCAACGUAGAGGUGCCCCCUAUCCCUUCAGCAAUGGCACCCAGAGCAGGCCCACCGCCAAUUCCGAGCCAGCCUGCUCCGAAUAGCCGCAAGUCUACGGACAUGCCUCGCGUCGCUCCGCCACCACCUCCGCCGCCAAAAGAGACGCCCCAGUUUGCCGAAGAGGACGAAUAUGAUCCCUACAGCUACGUAUCGCCAACGCAGAAUACACCUGCCGUGCCCUCUUACACGCUGCCACAGCCCCCUCCCCACAUGCGGAGCCCAGAGCAGAUGUUCCCUGCCGAAGUACCGUCCUUUGCGUCGUCUCCUAACUCGAGGGCUCCCCCUCCUGGUCCGCCACCGGGCCGAGCCCCUCCGCGGCAGUCUCUGGACGUCCAGCGCCCGAGUGUGGGUCGCCGGUCCGUAGAUGCUUCGCGGCCGUCGAUCGAGUCGGGCUUUGUGGCCAACGAGAUUGAUCUGGCGGGCCAAUCCGGCUGGUGGCUGCAGCCCAACAAUUUGCCUCCACAGCUGCAGGGCCGCAAGGACAUCUUCUUCGAAUCCGAAGAGUCGAGCGCUGCCAACCCCCGCCGCGGAGGCAAGACCACGGUCACGCGAGACAUAUAUGUGCUAUUCCAAGACUACUCGCAGACUAUCAUCACGGCCCGGUUCGACCCGCAAGACGCCUCGGAUGUGCAGCUUGAGCAGCGUCACGAGCCGCCGCCGCGUGCCCUGCGCCAAGACCAACUCGAGCAGAGCUACGAACGCUUCGGUCGAGCGAUCGGCGAAGCUGUGGUUGGCAAGAAGGACACGGUAGUGGGCGACGGCACGCCGCAAGCGCUCGUUUACGAGCUGCUGCGGCCGUUCAACGACGCGCUGCUACCCGUGGGCUCGCGGGCGUACGGGGCGCUCGUUUACAGCAACCUGGCCAAUGCCAGCACGACGCAGAACGACGAGAUCCGGCCGGGCGACAUCAUGAGCAUCCGCAACGCAAAGUUCCAGGGCAAGCACGGGGCUAUGCACGCAAAGUACAGCAUGGAGGUGGGCAAGCCGGACCACGUCGCCGUCGUGGGCGAGUGGGACGGCACCAAGAAGAAGGUGCGCGCCUGGGAGCAGGGUCGCGAGAGCAAAAAGGUUAAGCUGGAGUCGUUCAAGCUUGAUGACCUGCGCAGCGGCGAGGUCAAGAUCUGGCGCGUCAUGCCCAAGAGCUGGAUCGGCUGGGAGGGCAAGAACUAGAAGGCCGAGUCUGCACUGCUGGGCGUCGAACUGAGGAGGUUUUCUGUUGGAGGGGAUGACGGAGAAUAUAGGGAGGCGAGCGGUCCGGCUGCCUUGGCCGUGUUGGUGAGGGUCGUGGUGAGAGCUGGGCGGUGAAACAUGUUUCGUUGGCACAUCAUUUUUCUUUGCGAAAUCAUCAUUUGCUUGUUUGUCUUUCUUCUUUUAGCUUUCAGCUCUCAAGAUUCAACUUUGACUGUUGUGGUCCUCAUGUGGGGU